CGUACAUAGAGCUGUUUUAGCGUCGUCAAUGGGAAGUGCACGCCAAGGUGGAAAAGCGAAUACUGUCUAGCUAACUUCCAUUUACAACAUGGGUUUUACGUCGAUUACGUGUUUGUGGAUUACAUUUUGCCUUCAUUUAUGUUGUUUGAUGAACACCGGAAAAGCGCAGAAUGCGAAAGAAGUGAUUCUGUUGGAUUCUAAGGCACAGCAGACAGAGCUGGAGUGGAUAUCUUCUCCUCCUGGUGGGUGGGAAGAGAUCAGCGGGUUGGAUGAAAACUACACCCCCAUUCGCACAUACCAGGUUUGUCAGGUCAUGGAGCCCAAUCAGAACAACUGGCUUCGGACUAGCUGGAUAGAGAAGGGCGAUGCCCAGAGGAUUUUUGUGGAACUGAAGUUCACGUUGAGGGAUUGUAACAGUCUACCCGGUGUGGUGGGCACGUGCAAGGAGACAUUCAACUUGUAUUAUCAGGAAACCGAUUCGGAGGUCGGCAGGAAUAUACGAGAGAACCAGUACGUGAAAAUUGACACAAUCGCAGCAGAUGAGAGCUUCACUCAGGGGGACCUGGGAGAGAGGAAGAUGAAGCUGAAUACAGAAGUGCGCAUCAUUGGGCCGCUGUCCAGACGAGGGUUUUACCUGGCCUUCCAGGAUGUAGGGGCAUGCAUCGCUCUGGUCUCUGUCAAAGUUUAUUACAAGAAGUGCUGGUCCAUCAUUGAGAACCUGGCCACUUUCCCAGACACUGUUACGGGAUCAGAAUUCUCCUCUCUGGUCGAGGUCGAGGGCAUGUGUGUCAGUGACGCCGAGGAGGAGGCCGAUAACGCUCCCAAGAUGCACUGCAGCGCAGAGGGAGAAUGGCUGGUGCCUAUAGGGAAAUGUAUAUGCAAAGCUGGAUUUCAUCAGAAGGGCGAUGCAUGUGAACCAUGUGGCCGUGGGUUCUACAAGUCCUCGUCCCAGGACCUGCAGUGUUCGCGCUGCCCAGCACACAGCUACAAUGACCGGGAGGGCUUGUGGCGCUGCGACUGUGAGGACGGCUACUACCGGGCGCACUCAGACCCACCCUCUGUGGCCUGCACAAGACCUCCCUCGGCACCACAGAACCUGGUUUACAACAUCAACCAGACCACCGUCAGCCUGGAGUGGAGCCCGCCGGCCGACAUGGGCGGUCGCAACGACGUCACCUACAGGAUUAUGUGCCGGCGCUGCAGCUGGGAGCCCGAGGAGUGCGUGCCGUGCGGGGGGAACGUGGGAUACUCCCCCCAGCAGGCGGAAUUAGUGGACACCUACGUAAAUGUGGUGGACCUACUGGCCCACGCCAACUACACCUUUGAGGUGGAGGCCGUCAACGGGGUCUCUGACCUCAGCCGCACCCAGAGGCUUUUUGCCGCAGUCAGCGUCGCCACCAGUCAAGCAGCUCCCUCCCAAGUCAGUGAGGUCAUCAGGGAGAGAGUGCAGCAGCGAAGCGUCCAGCUCUCCUGGCAGGAGCCUGAGCAGCCCAACGGAGUCAUCACUGAAUAUGAGAUUAAGUACUAUGAAAAAGACCAGAAGGAUCGUAUCUACUCCACAGUGAAGUCCAGAUCCACGUCAGCCACAGUGAACAAUCUGAAGCCCAGCACAGCCUACGUGUUUCAAAUCCGAGCCUUCACCACGGCCGGCUACGGCACCUACGGACCCCGCCUGGAGAUCACUACCAAGGAGGAGGCCUCAGCAUCCACCAUUGUCUCCAGCGAGCAGAACCCCGUCAUCAUCAUCGCGGUGGUGGCCGUGGCGGGGACCAUCAUCCUGGUCUUCAUGGUGUUUGGCUUCAUCAUUGGGAGAAGGUACGCUCUCGCGGGCCCCAUUGACUCUCCACUGCUGCACUGUGGCUACAGCAAGGCAGACCAGGAAGGAGACGAGGAGCUGUAUUUUCAAUUUAAAUUUCCAGGCACCAAAACAUACAUUGACCCUGAAACCUACGAAGACCCGAACAGGGCUGUCCAUCAAUUUGCCAAGGAGCUGGACGCGUCCUGCAUUAAGAUUGAGCGAGUUAUUGGAGCAGGAGAGUUUGGGGAGGUGUGUAGUGGACGGAUGAAGCUCCCAGGGAAACGGGACACGUCAGUGGCCAUUAAAACCUUGAAGGUGGGCUACUCUGAGAAACAGAGGAGAGACUUCCUUUGUGAGGCCAGCAUUAUGGGCCAGUUUGACCAUCCCAAUGUUGUCCAUCUGGAGGGAGUGGUGACCAGAGGAAAACCGGUGAUGAUUGUGAUUGAAUAUAUGGAAAACGGCUCAUUAGAUGCUUUCCUCAGGAAACACGAUGGUCAGUUCACAGUGAUCCAGUUAGUGGGGAUGCUGCGGGGCAUAGCAGCGGGGAUGAGAUAUCUCUCCGACAUGGGAUAUGUCCAUCGAGAUCUGGCUGCACGAAACAUCCUUGUCAACAGCAAUCUCGUAUGUAAAGUAUCUGACUUCGGCCUGUCAAGAGUGAUCGACGAUGAUCCCGAGGCUGUCUACACAACAACGGGUGGAAAGAUACCUGUCCGAUGGACAGCAAUGGAAGCCAUCCAGUACCGUAAAUUCACUUCCGCUAGUGAUGUGUGGAGUUAUGGCAUUGUCAUGUGGGAAGUCAUGUCCUAUGGGGAACGGCCUUACUGGGACAUGUCCAAUCAAGAUGUGAUAAAGGCAAUAGAGGAGGGGUACCGCCUCCCUGCUCCCAUGGACUGCCCUCCAGGCCUGCACCAGCUAAUGCUGGACUGCUGGCAGAAAGACAGGGCUGAUCGACCCAAAUUUGAUCAAAUAGUUGGCAUCCUUGAUAAGAUGAUUCGCAAUCCCAAUACCUUAAAAACCCCUUUGGGAACAUGCACAAGACCGAUUAGUCCCCUGUUAGAUCAGAGCACACCAGACUUCACGACGUUCCGCUCGGUGGGGGAGUGGCUGGAGGCCAUCAAGAUGGAGAGAUACAAAGACAACUUCACCGCCGAAGGCUACAGCUCACUGGAAUCUGUGGCCAGGAUGUCAAUCGAGGAUGUGAUGAGCUUGGGGAUCACUUUAGUGGGACAUCAGAAGAAGAUCAUGAGCAACAUACAGACUAUGAGAGCCCAGAUGCUAAAUCUCCACGGCACGGGCAUCCAGGUGUGAUGAUAGACUACAGUGCCCCCUGUGGACAGGGGGGCAAAGAGCUAUAUAGAGCAGCGCUAGGGCAGAACUUCCCAGGAUAAUCAUAACAAAUCAUGUGACGUGACGUCGUCUCCUGUGUCUGACUCUGUUUUUCCGGAUGUUAUCGGAAUUAAAAUCAUUCCUUUGUUCCUUGGCAAAGGAUUUAACCCCUCUUUAGAAUGGGUACCAAGGAGAGAUUGAGAGAAUACUCCCUGGACAUGAUGCCGCUCUGAGAAACUCAACCACAAAUAGAGAUGGAGCUUUGGAAAAGGAGUUUUAUCCAUAUUACCUUGUUCUUUUAACCGUAUGAAUUUUGGGGGGGAGGGCACCAUGAAAAUGGAUUUCACUUAAAAAAGAAAAGAAAUCCCCCGAAACUUUUUUCCCUUGCAGUGUUUAAAAAAUAUAUUUUUUAUUCUAGUUUGUUAAUUUUGUUAGUUUCAGAAGGCACAGUGAUAUGGUCUGGUACGUAAAGUAAUCUAACAUCUUUCUUUCGCGUUACAAUUUUUUCUUCCUUUUUUUUUUGGACUUGACAACAGGGUAAACGUUCCCAUCAAAAGGACAGGGAGGAUGAAUAUGGUGUCUGAACAUUUUGGUGGAGAUGAUCUCGACCAGUUUGUCUUGAGACACUACUGCCUGUUUUAACUGUUUGCAGUGAGUUGUGUUUUUUCUCCCUGAUGUUUCUGAAGUGGAAAUGGCAUCCUGCACCUCAGAUCAGUGACUUCAAGGAUAGUAGUAUUCACUUGGUUUUUUCAAGCUUGUAAGAGUGGCUUGUUGUAUGAAUUUUUCUGAAGACAGAUGCUCUCGUUGUAUAAUGAAAACAUUUCAAAUUUCAAUGUAGGAAUUGUGAAACAGUAUGACACCAACAAGGCAAUUCGAUUUCAGAUUGAUCACAACUUUUAUAUCUAAUAUCAAGCAUCAAAUUGGCAAUGUUUAUGUUUACCACAUGAAUUAUUUGACCUUAUUGUCCAAUAUACUUUCAAUCUGAAAUGUUUUGUUGUUGAAUUAUUUAUUUGAACGUUUCCGCAGACAGCACUAAAACAACUAUAUAUUGUAUUGAAACUUAAAGAGACUUGAUCCACCGCAAAGGGUUUGAAAUGCCUAAACAAGCAUAUUUUUUGUUGUUGCAGCAAAUUAUAUUUCUUUCCUAUUUUGGUGAAAACAGUUGUCAAGGGUGAAUCUAUGAAAGGCUGUGUAUGUUCGUUCUACAAGUAAUUGUCCCUUAAAACGAAUGUAUUCCCAUUAUUUUUCGGCACUUCUAUGGCAAGUUUUUUUGCGAUUCACUGAGACAGUCUUUUGUAGGGUUGAAUGGACAAGUUCCUGUCAUCCUGAACUUGAAUAGAUCAAAUCAAGUGCAUGCACAGUGAUGGUUAACGCAGUCAGUGUAGGGUAGAAUAUUGAACAGAGCAAUAAUUAGCCCAGGUGGAAAUGGUCCUCUGAGAUUUUAAGGUGCUGGGUUUUACACAAAUAUCAGUUGUGCUGGGAAAAUUAUUUGGAAAUGUUCUGUCACCAACAGGAAAAAGGAAUAUGUAUUGACCUUUUUCCAGUUGAAGAUGACCUGGAUUAUAGGGCUGGGACGAUAGAUUGGUACAGUACAAUACCGAGUUAUCAAAUAAUGAAAAAGUAAUGCCACUUACGAAAUGGUAUACCGUGGCAUGCUAAUGACUUAAUAACAAUGUCACAGAGUAUGAGCAUGUUUGGAAUAUAUGGCUGUUACAGUGGAGUGAAAUGACAUUCAACCAGCGGAGAGUCGUACAUAUUAGUCAUGACAUCAUCUUUUCCAUUGCAGCACACUGCAUUUGCAGGCGUUCAGUUCGGUGUGAGGUACACUAACUACACUAACUAAUAUUAUCAUAAUAUAUUGAAAAUCCUAAUAGUCCUUAUUAUGAUGCUCAUACUCUGAAAAUCACAUAGCGUCCCAGCCACAUGUUUAUUAAUGUGUCUCUGCUCAAACCUUUCCAGGCAAACAGGGUGAUGUAACAUGCAUAAAAGUGUUUUCUAGGCUUUUUUCCUUAACUUACCUGGCCCUUUGCAUGUUAAUCACGGCACAGAGAUAAGGAAUGGGCUCUGCAAAGAUGUGCUAAAGAGCCAACCUAAUGGUGCCAUCGCAGUCUUCUCUUUCUACAACAAAAUGAAUGUUAUCACGUUGAAUAUGUCUCCAGCACUCUGAUGGUCGAUUCACUCAUUUCUUUGUCAUUUAAAGUAAAGAAAAUAUAGGUAUUUCCAAUUGCAUUUAUAUCCAAGGCUGUCUUUAUGGACUGAUUAUAGAUUCAGAUUUUCAAAGCUGCAGCUUUUCCCAAUGAUUUACUUAAUUUAUUUUCAGAAAACCAACCUUGAAACACUAUCAUGGACUAUGGCUGCAAGCUUAGUUUUUGUAAAGCCAUUAGUGACUUUGUCUAUUUUUUCCUAGAUUAAUUUCCAUUGUGCUCGGUCCAAAGGGACUCACACCUGUGGGGGGGUACCCAGGGAAUCAGACCAUGCCCAGCCCGCUCUGGGCCCCAUGUCACAGACAGACCCAUUCUUUAUCCAUACAGCAAAGCUCAGCAAUUGGGAACAUGCCAGCCCUUUGAAUUGAAUACCAGCGUAAAGUCAUUCAGUCAGCACAAAACUCCCCAGUUCACAGGAAGGCAAGCAGGCUCCCUCUUUCUCUCUCUCUCUCUCUCUCUCUCUCUCUACUCUCCCCUGCUCUGAUCUCCAACAGCGGGCCCCUAGGGACCUUCACACCCCGGAGCUGGAGGCCCCCACUCCCCCUCCUCCCUCUCUCUCUAAGUCUGGGGUCCUGUAGAGACAGCAAUUUUGAGCCAAAUUGAGAUGAAGACCUGGAUACAAUCGAUCUGCCAUAUAAAUAAUGUGUAACCUUCACAGGCCUUCACAACCUUCCAUCCUCAUGGUUCCUCUCCGCUUUUACUUUGUUUCUUACCUGUUUUCUUGUUGAGGAUGUUCAAGUGAAUAUAUGGGGAUGUUGUUCUUUUUCAACAAAGCUGAAUGCAGUUUGUGUGGUGAGUUGAUUGGAUUCAGGAAUGAGAACACAUUUUAAAUACAAAGUAGAAUGGUUAUUAUUUUCAAACCUUUUGGACAAACUGUUGGAAAUUGUGGACACGCCUUUGCAAUGCAUAGGUGUUGGAUGAUUCCAAAGAGUUCAGCACUGUUGAUUGUGUCAGAAAGAUCUGAGGUCCGAGGGGAACUUUGUAUAUGUUCUAAUUGUAAAACCUGUACAUUUUUAUUUAUAUAGUUGUCUUUUUACACAUAUUACUCUGUAGUGAGCUCUGAAUACAUUGAAAAUGCACUAUAUUUUUCUAUCUCACUUGCAGAUGAUUAUUGUCACCCAGAAGAUUUCAGUUGUACAUACUUUCUCAUUUAGGACCAAAGACAGGUUUUCCAUCUAGAAUUGUAUUUUGUUUUUAUUUUCUCUUUUAGUUUAAUGUACAGUUAUAUGAAUUGUCAAUGUAUUAUUUAUUUUUUUCUGUGAUGAGAGUAUUGAGUAUUCAUCGGUCAAGAGUAUUUUCCCCAAACAGCAGAACUUUAAAAUCAUUACUUCUUAGACAAUUUCCUGUUACAUAGGACAUUUCUUUUUUGCUUUGUAACCUUUGUAAUAGACUGUACAUAUAUUUUUGGAAAUAUAAUACAAUCUCUAUAGAAA